GCUGAUCCGGGUGUGAGGAGGAGGAGAGCCGGGCCGGAGGGAGGAGGAGGAGGCGGAAGAAGGAGGGGGAGACACGCAGCUGUCUCCGGACAACAAGCGGGCGGGGAGGACCUAUCUGUGAGCUAUGAAUAAUUCCUUGGAAAACAUCAUUUCGUUUGAAGAAUAUGUCCGCAUGAAGGCCCGGACGGUCCCGCAACACAGGAUGAAAGAGUUCCUGGACUCCCUGGCUGCGAAAGGGUCAGAUGCUCUGCAGGAGUUUCAUCAGCCUCCGAGCACCAUGGUGUAUCAGCAGGGAGCCAACUGCAUUUACACCGACAGCACGGAGGCGGCAGGAUCACUGCUGGAACUGGCUUGUCCCGUCACUACGAGUGUUCAACAGCAGAACCAGUCCGAGCAAAUCCAAGUACAGCAGGCUUCUGAUGGGGACUACAAGCAGCUGUUCCAACACGCGUUAACAGGCAUGGUCUACUGUUACCAUCAGGAAACCCACCCUGAGAAUUGCCAUGCAGGCAUCACUGAAGUACAUGAAAUUCCUGAAGCACUCAUCAGGCCCUGGACACUCCACCCCGCCCCUCAUCUGAAUCGAAUCAACCUCUCCCCCGAGGGGUCGCAGGACUCUGGUAUUUCAGAAGAUUUGUUGGUGCAGCAAUCCCCGCAGCAAGUGAAUGCUCAGCAGCUCUCACCGCAGCUCAAUGUCCACCAGUCCAACGAACAGGCAAUCCAGAUUCAGGGCACGGCUCAGUCUCAGACACAGCAGGGUGGUCAGACGAUACAGACUCAGUCCCUUCAAUCCCCCAGCCCCUCUCAGCAGAUGACAAACUCCCAGUUACAGGUGUCCCAGAUUCAGGUGCAGCAUGUUCAGUCUGGUCAGCAGAUGCAGUCCUCUGACAUUCAGGACGACCACAUACAGCACCAGCAGAUCCAGGCACAGCUGGUGGGGGGACAGUCGGGUGGCAUUCAGAUACAGACCGCAGGAGCGAUGUCUCCAUCUCCUCAGCAACAGGGUUCUCCCAGAGAAGGAGAGCGACGAUCUAGCACUUCAAGCGUCCUUCAGCCAGUUAAGAAACGUAAAGUGGACAUGCCCAUUACUUUGUCGUAUGCAAUUUCAGGGCAGCCCGUCGCCGCUGUCCUUGCCAUCCCCCAAGGCCAGCAACAGAGUUACGUGUCCCUAAGGCCAGACUUGCUAACGGUGGACAGCGCCCAUCUUUAUGGAGCUACAGGCACUAUUACAAGUCCAACAGGAGAGACUUGGACCAUCCCGGUUUAUUCAACCAACACCCGCAGCGAUUUGCAGCAACAGAACAUAACCCACAUUGCUAUCCCCCAAGAGGCCUACAAUGCCGUCCAUGUAACAGGCUCUCCCACCACCGUGGCAGCUGUAAAGUUGGAGGAUGAAAAGGACAAAAUGGCCAAAAACGCCCACGAGGAAGUGGUGCAGACUCUGGCCAACUCCCUAUUUCCAGCUCAGUUUAUGAAUGGGAAUAUUCACAUUCCAGUGGCGGUACAGGCUGUGGCAGGGGCCUAUCAAAAUACAGCACAAACUGUUCACAUAUGGGACCCUCAGCAGCAGACGCUACAUGAACAGGUUCAGCAACAGAAUCAACAGCAGCACCAACUACAGAGUCAAUCACAAGAGGUGGAACCCCCUCCACAUCCUUCCCCAGAGUUAAUGCUACCAAACACCUUGAAGCCAGAAGAAGGACUGGAAGUCUGGAAGAACUGGGCACAGACGAAGAACGCGGAGCUGGAGAAAGACUCUCGCAACCGAUUAGCACCCAUAGGAAGACGCCAACUGCUGAGGUUUCAGGAGGACCUCGUCUCAUCCGCAGUAGCAGAGCUGAAUUACGGAUUGUGUCUCAUGUCAAAAGAAGCUCGUAAUGCGGAAGGGGAGCCCUAUGACCCAGAUAUACUUUAUUAUAUUUUUCUUUGUAUCCAGAAGUACUUAUGUGAGAACGGGAGAGUGGAUGACAUAUUUUCAGAUCCCUACUACCUUAAAUUCACAGAAUUUCUUCACCACAUUCUCAAGACAUUUCAACCUCGAGUCACUCAACUUGGUUUUAUCAUCCCCAGCCAUGUGACAGAGGAAAUGCUUUGGGAGUGCAAGCAGCUGGGUGCCCACUCUCCUGCCACCCUGCUCACUACACUCAUGUUCUUUAACACAAAGUACUUUUUAUUGAAGACUGUUGAUCAGCACAUGAGACUGGCUUUCUCCAAAGUUCUAAGACAGACGAAAAAGAAUCCUUCCAACCCAAAAGACAAGAGUACGAGUAUCCGAUACCUGAAGGCACUCGGAGUUCACCAGACGGGGCAGCAGAAAGGUUUUCCAAUUACAGACGACAUGUAUGCAGAACAGACAGAGAACCCGGAAAAUCCCCUGAGAUGUCCCAUUAAACUUUAUGAUUUCUACCUCUUCAAAUGCCCACAGAGUGUGAAAGGUCGAAAUGACACUUUUUACCUGACGCCAGAGCCCGUGGUCGCCCCAAACAGUCCGAUCUGGUACUCCACCCAGCCAAUCAGCAGAGAGCAGAUGGAACAGAUGCUGAAUCGAAUACUGAUUGUCCGAGAAAUUCAGGAAGCCAUUGCGAUCGCCAACAGCAACAACAUGCACUAAAAGAAACCGAUUCCAACAGUGGAGGGAAUGUGACAUUACAAAACAAAAAAACGUGUACAGACUUUUACACUAAAAGAAGAUGCCUACAUUUUUUUUUUUUUCUGUUCUUUUUUUAUUUUAUUAUUAUUGGUGUAGUUUAUGAAGCCCUUUUAGGCUUCUUCUGUUAAAUAAAAAAACAAACAAAAAAUAAAGUAUAAGACAAAAACAUUCAAAUGUGCAUCUUAAGAAAACUACUAAAAAAAUGUAUUGUGAGUUCCAGAAGAAUCUGAAGGAAAAGAGCCUUUAUAUACGAGCAUGGGGGUGGGGCGGGGGCCAAACAACUGUACAAAAGCAGCUUAAAAGACGACACAUUUUUUGUCUUCCUGUAUUAUAUGGGGGGGGUCACAAGAUGGACUUUUGUGAACAGAGCUGCCUAUUUUCUUGCCUACAAUUAUAAAGACUUGUAUUCAGUUUCACAAACUGAGAAAGGAAAAAAAACAAAACAUUUUUUUUAUAUAUAUUAUGCCGUGUAUACAAAAACAAACAAAAAAGAAAAAUUGCAUAAUCUGAAAUCUGUUGACAUUUCUUCUGGCCCAGAUAUCAAGGCCUUAAACUGCAGACGUAUGAGCCUUUGUAUAUUUAUUGUAAAAAAAAAAAAAAAACAAUCUUGUGUAUCUACUGCAGAUAUAUUCAGAAUUCUCAAUUUUGUUCUUAUUGUUCCUUUUUGUUUUAUUAAGAAUGACGAGCAUGUCUUUUUAACAUGCCA